UACCUGGACACACUAGUUUGCUUUGUGACCGGGUUUUACCCUGGUGGGAUUGAGGUCAAGUGGUUGAAGAACGGGCAGGAGCAGAUGGCUGGAGUCGUGUCCACGGAGCUGAUGCAGAACGGAGACUGGAGCUUCCAGAUCCUGGUGAUGCUGGAAAUGACCCCCCGCAGUGGGGACAUCUACACCUGCCAGGUGGAGCACAGCAGCCUGAUGGGCUCCCUAACUGUGGCCUGGGAGGCAAAGUCGGACUCAGCCAGGAGAAAGAUGCUGACGGGGAUUGGGGGCUUCAUGAUGGGGCUGAUCUUCCUGGCACUGGGACUCCUUGUCUACCUAAGGAACAAGAAAGCUGUUCAGAAUCUGUUUCUUCAUCCAAGUCUUCCCUCCACUGCCACCUAGCUCCUAAACUUUGAAUGACUGAUAUUACUGGAAAACACAAGUGUGUCAUGUGAAUAAGGUAACUGUCCUUCUGACAGUCAGGGCUUCUCCAAAACAUGCUUAGCCAUUCUUUGGUCUAGGGCUGUUCCUGGCCCUUGAUUCUGUCCGUACCUCCCUGCCUGUCUUGGCUAAUAAUAAAAAUGCAAACUGUCCUGGCUGACCCUGUGGU